UGGGAAGGCCCCGAGUGCCGGAGGUCCUGUCCACACCUGGGGUCCUGAGCUGGUAUCAUGUCACCCACCCACCACUACCGCCGGCUGCCCCUGGAGGAGGGGGCUGGCAUGAGAAUGAAGCAGGAGUUCAGGAGGCUGGUGGCCCUGUGCUCACGGUGGCUCAAGAAGAUCAGGGAGUGGUGGCUUGGGAUUCCAGUGCCUUUGAUGCUGGAGGGCAUCAGGCUAUGGUGGCUGAAGACGCCUGUGUCCAGAUGGCUGAAGAACUAUUGGCCUUGGUGGCUACUGGCCUUGCUGGUGGUGUCUCUUGUCAUGAGCAUGAUGGUCUGGGACUGUCCCCAGGCUCAGCAGGAGAGGCUCAUCUGCCAACAGACUGUGGUGAAACUCACAGAAGACCUGAAUAAGGGAAAGGAGAGUCUGCAGGAGGAGAAGCGGCGCCUGCAGGAGGAGAAGCAGAAACUGCAGAAGGAGAAGCAGCGCCAGGAGGAGGAGAAGCAGAAACUGCAGAAGGAGAAGCAGCGUCAGGAGGAGGAGAAGCAGCGUCAGGAGGAGGAGAAACAGCGCCAGGAGGAGGAGAAGCAGCGCCAGGAGGAGGAGAAGCAGCGCCAGGAGGAGGAGAAGCAGCGCCAGGAGGAGGAGAAGCAGAAACUGCAGAAGGAGAAGCAGCAGCUGCAGGAGGAGGAGCAGCAGCUGCAGGAGGAGAAGCAGCAGCUGCAGGAGGAGAAGCAGCGCCAGGAGGAGGAGAAGCAGCGGCUACAAGAGCAGCAGCAGCGGCUGCAGAGGCGAGCAGGGGGACUCGAGGACACCUGGAGCUUGAGAAACCAGCUGGACCAAUGCCAGCAAGACCUGAACCGGCUAAGCUGGAAUAGAGGCCAGACCGGAUCCUGUAAGGACCCUGACAACACCUGGGUGGUGGUGGCCACGGUGAUCCUGACGAUCGUGGUUCUGGCCAUCCUGGGCGGCCUGUGCUCCUGCUGUUAGUGGUCCCUGUCCUGUGUCCUGUGUCCGCCCCUGAGGUCACUGGUGCGGGCAGGGAGGAGCAGACAGCGGAAGGAACGGCAGCAGGGCGUCUCCCAGAGGACACAGAGCCGCCAGAAGCGGGCGCCCAGGGUAGAGCGGUGGACUCUUAAGACCGGAGGCCCCGGGUUCAAGACCCGCCAUCGCGAGCGCCAGAGGGACACUCUGCUUCUCUCACUAAUAAAUAUUAAAAUGAAAAAGGA